GCGCGUUGCGGAAAAAACGAGAGUGUGCGCCGUUACGAGAUGCAGAGAUUGAUGCCCGAUUUUAAGGUCCUAGGUUGAGGUCAACCGGUGAUCUGAGAGGUCAGGUCAAGUGCUCCAAGGCGGCGAGUUUUAGUGGUGUCGUGCCACUGCCUCCCUGGUGAGUGACAUGGCCGGCCAACCUGCCCGACUGGGCCUCCAGCUCCCGGAGGUCAUCUCGCGACUGGAACUUUUCGCGCCCAGCCGACUCGCCGAAAAGUGGGACAAUGUCGGACUACUCGUCGAACCAUCGCCACCGAAACUUGUUCAGAGGAUGCUGCUGACCAACGACCUGACCGAGGACGUGAUGGCCGAGGCGGUGCAGCGGAAGGUCGACCUGAUCCUCAGCUAUCACCCGCCCAUCUUCCGACCUCUGAAGCGGCUGGCCUUCUCCAAAUCGUGGAAGGAGCGUAUUGCCAUUACCUGUGUGGAAAACCGUAUCGCCGUGUACUCGCCCCACACCUGUUACGACGCUCUGGACGGCGGCGUCAACGACUGGCUCUGCGAGGCGUUCGGACCGGCCCGGGUGACGCCCCUGACGCCCAGUCUGGCGCCGGAGCCGAGCGUUCAGCUGGCGGUGGCGCUGCCGGCCGGUCCGCAGCGCCAGCUCGACUGGGUGGACGACCUGCACGAGCUGUGCCGACAGCUGCCCGGCGCCUCAGUAGAGGCUAGGUACCAGGACGUGGUGCUGGACGUGCGCACGCUGGGCAGUCCGCUGACGAGCGGCCCCCAGCCUCGGCUCCAGCUGGUCGUCAGCACUCCCCGCCGGCACCUGGCGACCCUGACAGCGUUCCUCGGCUCCGCGGGACUCACCUCGGCCGCCACUCGACUCACGACGGCCGAACAGCUGCCGGAGCCCAGCCGCGGCACCGGGCGGCUGGCCGAGCUGGAGAACAAGCUCUCCCUCAGCGAGGCCGUGCAGGCCAUCAAGAAGCACCUGAAGCUGCAGCAUGUCCGUCUGGCAGAGGCCGUCGGCAAGCCCAAAGACUCGCCGGUGCGGACGGUGGCGGUCUGUGCCGGCUCCGGCGGCUCCGUGCUGGCCGGUCAGCAGGCCGACCUUCUGCUGACCGGCGAAAUGUCACACCACGAGGUGCUGGAUGCCACACACGCCGGCAGUCACGUGGUGCUGUGCGAACACAGUAACACGGAGCGUGGGUUCCUGGCGCGGCUGGCCGGCCGGCUGGAGGCGCUGCUGGCCGAACAGGUGGAGCUGGUGACGUCAGAGGCCGACCGGGACCCGCUCACCGUCGUCUAACACGGGGAGAGACCAGCUCACCGGCGUCAGGCACAGGCAAGCCCUGUUCUGCGCCCAUAAUUUUAUGUCGCUCUGAUGUUUUAUACGUUUGUUUAGGUGACAUCUGCAUCGGCAUCAAGAAGUGUUGCGUUGUGACAUGUCUAGGAAUGCUACAGGUUUACAGGCAUAGGGUGUUGCAUGCCACAGACAGGCUCGUUACCAAGAAUGGACAGUCUUGUGCGAGCUGUCACUGAACCCGUGGGUCGCUGAACGUUUGUAAAUGUUCUUUUGUGUUACCCUGGCGCUAUGACGGGUUACAGCAGGCUGUACUGUCUGAGAAAGGGAUUCUGGGUCAUCAGGGGAUCCUUGUACUUUGCCUGUGUUUCUUAAUGAGACGCUCUGCAAGUUUGUAACGAGAGUGUUUACCCUUGGUUGAGAAGGUGCUGUGAAACUGUAAUGUAAAACGAGUGGAGUGAAACACAUUUUGUAAAUGACUGAUAGGUGCGUGUGAUACAAUACACGCGUUGGAUAUAA